AUGUUCCGAGCAGCCCCCCGAUUAAUUGCGCGUCCAGCGCUACGCACCGCGUCACUGCGCCCCAUCGCACCCGCCAGGCGGUACAUCAGCACAGCUCCGCCAUCACAAAAGUCGAGAAGUUUCAAGAGCUUGGUUGCGCGGAUGUGUUCGCGGAAGAGCCUAGGCGUAUGUUUGAAGUUGGAAAGACUUGUUGGGAUCAAAGAGCUGACGAGGGUUCUAGAACUUGUCCAGCCACUCCCGGAAACCGAAGUCGAAUCUGAGCAUCUCCCCACUAUCGAGUCCAUUGCCGAGGAACGCAAGAGAAGGCAGGCAGUACAAGAGCAGCUAGAAAUUCAGAAACAGAAGGAAGCAGAAAACGCACAGCAGAAUGCCGAGCAGGGCGGUAUAGAGGGACUAGAAGAAGAGGCGGACCAGCAGGGCGCUUUCAACCCCGAGACCGGCGAGAUCAAUUGGGACUGUCCUUGCUUAGGAGGCAUGGCUCAUGGCCCUUGUGGUGACCAGUUCAAGGCUGCAUUCAGCUGCUUUGUCUAUUCCAAGGAGGAACCAAAGGGCAUGGAUUGUAUCGACAAGUUCAAGGAUAUGCAGAAUUGCUUCCGUGAAUACCCCGAAAUCUAUGGCUCAGAACUUGAUGCCGAUGCUGAUGACGAUGCUGAUGAGGAGACGGCUAUCGCUCCAGCAUCCGCUGAGACACCAAGCCAGUCUUCCAACGCUUUCGCCCAUCAAGCAGACUCGGCACCCAAGGCUACGCCAAGCGACUACUCUGCAUCGGCUCAAGGCAAGGUUUCUGGCGAGCCCAAGUCGAAGCCACAAAUUCCAGACGGCGGCCUUGUACCCGAAGAAUACAAACCCGCGAGGACACAUAACCCCGUUUUUGACGCCAGGGACGACAUGAGCAGCGUGGAGAGCGAGAAGAGCAAGCAGACGCCAAAGGGCUCAAGCGAUACCGAACGAGCAAAGAAGGCCGAUGCCCAGGUCAAGAGCCAAGAACCAGUCAGUGAGAGCAAGAAGAUUGUGCCCAAGGCCAGCCACGAUGCUGGUGAACAAGGUACUGCGAAGCUUUCGAGGUAG